AUGGAGAUGGGAACCGGGCUUGGCGUCGUCGGUCUACAGUUUUCCGGGCAGCUUUCGCUUGAAAAAGUCCAGCAAGCAGCGAAGGAGCUUGGGUCGAGAUUUCCGCUCCUGCUUGCCCGAGUUGUCGGGCAGGGUAAAACUGGCGGUCCGCUUGAACUCCACUUGUGCCGUGACGCGAAACCAAUCACUGUAGUGUCCCGGAGCAUUGAUGAUGUGGCAGCGUGGGAGGCUGCUGCGCCAUUGGACAACGACCCCAGCAGCCUCGAGAACGGGGAAGAGUCUGACGUGCCGAAGAAAGACCAAGAGAGUGACGCGUAUGGUGAUGCUUGUGGUGAGGGUGAGAAGUCCACGUCAGCAAUGGAAGCAGAAUUCAAGAAGUUAUCUGCAGCAGACGUUGCGGUCGAGAGGGGAGUGGAGGAGGAGGAAGAGGAGGAUGAGUUUGAGGAUGCAGAGGAUGGGGAUGGGGAUGGUGAUGGUGAUGAUGAUGAUGGUGGUGGUGAUGGUGAUGGGAAAAGUGAUGGUGAUGGUGGUAAUGGGGGCGGUGAAUUCCUAGAAGCUAGUGCAACAGAAGGUAGUGGUGGAAUCAAGGUGACCGGUAGAUUCAAGGGCGCGGACAAAGCGGAGGAUCUGCACAGAAUAGUGGAGAUGGAGUUGAAUCAGCCAAUCACAGGAGCGCAUGGGGAAGCACCCGCUGACGCCUUGCAGGUAGCUAGCAAGGGCCUUCUGAGUGGCACUGGGCUUCCCUCCUCUGUGCGUUAUCCUUCUCUUCCCUCCUCUGUGCGUUAUCCUUCUCUUCCCUCCUCUGUGCGUUAUCCUUCUCUUCCCUCCUCUGUGCGUUAUCCUUCUCUUCCCUCCUCUGUGCGUUAUCCUUCUCUUCCCUCCUCUGUGCGUUAUCCUUCUCUUCCCUCCUCUGUGCGUUAUCCUUCUCUUCCCUCCUCUGUGCGUUAUCCUUCUCUUCCCUCCUCUGUGCGUUAUCCUUCUCUUCCCUCCUCUGUGCGUUAUCCUUCUCUUCCCUCCUCUGUGCGUUAUCCUUCUCUUCCCUCCUCUGUGCGUUAUCCUUCUCUUCCCUCCUCUGUGCGUUAUCCUUCUCUUCCCUCCUCUGUGCGUUAUCCUUCUCUUCCCUCCUCUGUGCGUUAUCCUUCUCUUCCCUCCUCUGUGCGUUAUCCUUCUCUUCCCUCCUCUGUGCGUUAUCCUUCUCUUCCCUCCUCUGUGCGUUAUCCUUCUCUUCCCUCCUCUGUGCGUUAUCCUUCUCUUCCCUCCUCUGUGCGUUAUCCUUCUCUUCCCUUCUCUGUGCGUUAUCCUUCUCUUCCCUCCUCUGUGCGUUAUCCUUCUCUUCCCUUGUGUCUCCUUAUCCGUCUCGUCCACAAGACUCAAUAUUUGGAUACACGUGUACCAUCUUCCCCAAUCCCACAGAUCCACGUGUACCAUCUUCCCCAAUCCCACAGAUCCACAUGUACCAUCUCCCACGCGCCACCUGUAUCGCUCUGCGCUGCCAUCGCGCCGUGCUGGACCGCCCAGCUGUUCGCCAGCUGGCAACAGCUCUCGUUUCCGCCCUGCACCACUCUCAACCUUCAGUCACCGCUAAUCCCGCAAGGUACGUCGCACUCACUUCACUCCCUGCUGGACCGCCCAGCUGUUCGCCAGCUGGCAAUGGCGUUCGUCCCCGCCCUGCACCACUCACUACCUGCCAACUUAUGGGCCAGACUCAGCCGGAUUCAGGAGCCGUCUCUCUCCCACCUCCCCUCUACUCGCUCAUCCCCAAGCCCGCUGGAACCCUACCUCUCCAAGGGCCUCUUUCAAGCCUACGACGCUCUGGCCUAUGUGUGCAGCUGCCUACGUGUGCAAUUGCUUCCGAACACCUCUCUCAAUGAACUCCCGUGUCACCCCACUACCUUCCCGCCCACCCCCUCUGUCUUCUUGUUCCCUUGCAGGGAUUCAGAAGCCGUUCCCCUCCCGCCGCCCCUCUCCUCGCUCAUCCCCAAGCCCACUGAAACCCGCUCCUACCUCUCCAAGGGCCUCUCCCAGGCCUACGACGCUCUGGCCUAUGUGCGCAACUCCAUGGCCUCCUCCCACGCGCCCUUCCAGCCUGGCCGGGCAGACAGCAGGAAGAACGAAUUCCGCUCCUCCUUUUCCUGCUUGCACUUGGACAAGCAAGAGACUGAAAGCCUCCUGGCUGCCCUCGCCUCGCGCUCCUGCUCCCUCUUCAGCCUUGAGUGUGCCGCAGCACUCAAAGCCGUGGCGGACGCCAAGCAGCUGGGCAGCCGCACAGAGACGUUCAACGUCACCAGCAUCAUGAACUGCAGGCCGCUACUGGACCCACCCCUGCCACCCGACACCAUGGGGGUGUUCACCUCGGGAUUGCCGCUGAAACAGCCAGCCAAUCAGGACCUGGAGCUCUGGGACGUGGCUCGCACUGUAGAUGCUGACCUGGCAACUGCCGUCGGGCAGAAGAAACAUUUUAUUGACAUGCCCGUGCUGGAACUGCUCUUUUCUACGGCCAUGAAAACGCCAACGCUUUCCCCCGAGUGCUCCCUGCGCACCUCCUUCAUGUCUGCCAUCACCGAGUCACCCUUCCCCAUGGACUGGCCGGCCAAUGAGGGGCAAGGACAUGUGGAUGGGGUUGUUGGAGGAGGAAACGAGGGUUUGGCACCUCAGCUGGAGGGGUUUGUGGGGCCGAUCUUUGCAACGCAUGGUGUCGGCCCAAGCAUAUCCGUUGGGGAUGCUCUAUGUGAUGGCGAGCUCCAUAUCUACAUUAACUUUGUGUCUCCUUUGUUUUCACAAGAGUUCAUUGCUGGGUUUGUCAAAUUAUUCCAGCGAUACUUCGAGGAGGCAAUGCGCUAG